GACCUCUCGGACGUCGCAACGUGGGCUCGGAGGACACCGAAAUACAAAAUUCUAAUUCUUGGCUUCAAAAACUUAAGUAACCAUGAAGAUGAAACGCCCAUAUUUUCAAGAAAAAUCAUUAAUGCCCAGAGUUAUUAAGUAUAUGGAAGAAAAUGACAAUUACACUGUUAUGGAUAUGACAGACUACCUGAUAAAAACAUACCGUGAAUUUAGAGGAAAAAGCAGAAUGACUUUCAUGAAGAGUGUGGACAAAGCCUAUCAGUGGCAGAAACAACGGCUGAAAGAGAAACAAGAAGAUAGCAUAUCUGAAGACAUAGACGACAGUGAUGGUGGAGGCCCUGACAUUAUUGAGGUUGAAACACCAAAGCAGGAAAUAAAACCCUUUAUAAAAAGGCAGCGCAAGAAGCACCAAGUACCCUCAUCAACAAGUACUCCCAUGUCCGAACCAAAAAUGAGGGAUGACUUCUUUGUGAUUGACACUACAGGUGGUGAUAUUUCUCUAAAUGGCAUCAGAACCCCAGAGUUGCCAAAAAGUGUCAAGAUGAAAAGGAAAAAGGAGAAAGACAUUGAUAUAGAUGGAAAGAAAAGAAAAAAGAGACACCAAUUGCAGCCUGAAACACCAGAAAUCACUUUUGGGGGUAUGGCUGGCCUAGAAUCACUGAAAGAUCAAAUUUGUGACUUGCUUGCAAAUCUUCGAUGGCCUGGAAUUUUACAGCCUCUCCAGAAGUCAGUGCUCAUCACUGGCCCGACAGGAAGUGGAAAAACUACCUUUGUGCAGGCACUGGCUGGGACUGCUGAGGUUUCACUAUUGCGCAUCACAGCAACUGAAUUAAUUGGUGGAGUCUCAGGAGAGAGUGAGGAGAAGAUCACUGAGGUGUUUGAGCAAGCAGCCUCACUUGCGCCAUGUGUGCUUUUGAUAGAGAAGAUUGAAGUUGUUGCUCCAAAGUUGAUGUCAGCAAAGAGCAUGGAGAAAAGAAUUGGGGCCCAGCUUUCUUCAUGCCUCAACAAUCUCAAAGUCAGGCACAAAGAUACAAAACUGCUGGUGCUAGCUGAAACAAGUUAUCCAGAAACCCUGGACUUGGAUCUCCGUAGCAGUUUUGACUCUGAGAUAUUCAUGAACAUUCCAACAGAGCCAGCCCGAGUGAAAAUAUUGCAGGUGAUGUGCAAUGGAAUAUCUUUUGAAGGGAACUUUGAAGAAAUAGCCCUCAGAACUCCUGGAUAUGUUGCUGGAGAUCUGAAGAAGUUGGUUGAGAAGUCUCAGGGAUUGGCAUGGAAGAGGAGAAAGGAUUGCCUUUAUGGAAAGACAGGAGGUGAAACCUUAAUGGAAGAAGUGAAUAGUUUUCUCAAACAGUUUGGAGAAAUGUGUGAAUCAGAGGCUCCAGAUUCCAUGGUAACAGUCAAUAUGGAAGACUUUUUGGAAGCGCUAUUGCACAUAAUACCAGCAUUGAAAAGAGAAGGAUUUCCUACCGUACCAGACGUCACAUGGCAAGAUAUUGGAGGAUUGGAAGAUAUAAAAAAGGAAUUAAGGGAGAAGAUAUUGGAACCUAUCAAAUAUGCAAAGCUUCAUGAGGAGUUUGGUGCGAGUCGACCCAAUGGAAUAUUGAUGUGGGGGCCUCCAGGAUGUGGCAAAACCCUUCUAGCCAAAGCAGUGGCAAAUGAAGCAGGAAUCAAUCUUUUGCCAGUGAUGGGACCUGAACUCCUUAAUAUGUAUCAAGGUGAGAGUGAACGGGCAGUGCGAGAGGUCUUCACACGAGCACGCAAUGUAGCUCCAUGUGUGAUUUUCUUUGAUGAAUUUGACUCUCUGUGCCCUGUCAGAAGCAAAGGAGCUGAGAGUGGAAGUAAAACAACAAUUGUAAAUACACUGCUGACAGAGAUGAAUGGCUUCUCAAAAAGAGAAGAUGUGUAUGUUAUUGCAGCAACAAACAGACCGGACAUCCUGGACCCUGCCGUGACUCGACCAGGGAGAUUUGAUACUCUGCUUUAUGUUGAUGUCCCUGAUCAUGAGGGAAGGGUUUCUAUCUUUCAGGCAAGAACUAAGAAUGGAACUUGUCCUCAGUGUGCCCCAGAUGUUGACUUUGCAGAAAUUUCUCUUCAGUGCAACAAUUUCUCAGGAGCUGAUUGUGACCAGCUGGUGUAUCUAGCUAGCAAAGAGGCCAUCAGGGAAGUUAUUCAUGGCUCCCAAGACAUCUCUUCUGCUGACAAUAGUGAUAAAGAGCCCAAGACACGUUUGGUUGCAAAGCGGCAUUUCUCUGCUGCCUUAAAGAAGAUUAAGCCGUCCAUUAAACCUGAGGAACAAAAGCGUUACAAGAAACUUAAUCUGAAGAUGGGAGCAGUUCCUUUACAAGAGUCUGCAGGAGGAACCAGUCAAGAUGCAAGUUUUAUUGAUGCAGAUAAAGAGUCUCAGCCAAUGGAUAUAUGAGAUAAAGAGUGAAAUUAAUAUUGCUAUUAUUGUAAUUUCUGUCUGGAAAACCCUUAACACACGAAAGCUUAAU